GCCGGGGCGGCUCGGCAGGGCUUCUCCCCGCUGCACGCCCGGUUCCCGGCGCUGGAGGCGUCUUCGCCGGGGGUCGGGACAGGGCGAGCACGUGCGCCGCGGGCGUGCGCGCUCGAGGAGCUCGCGUGGGACGAGGCCAGCGGAAAGUGGAGCGGCGUGAGUGGGCCGCGCCCGACCCUCCUGCAGACGGCGCUCAACAGGUUGCCGCGGCUUCCGGGAGCUGCGCUCCGCCCCGUCUCGGCUGCGAGGCGCGUGCGUGUGCACCGGGCGCGCGGGUGCGCACGCGUGGGCGCCGGGGCCUGGCCCCUGGAGGUGCCCGGCCCGCGGUGUGUGUCCCCCGCAGGCGCCGCCCGCUGACCUGGAGGAAAGCUUGCCGGGGCUGCCCGGCCUGUCUGCACCCCGCCGUGUCAGGUGUGAGGUUCUGAGAUGAAAGCCGACUUCGGAAAAGCGGCGUCAGCCUGCGACGGCGAGCUGCUCUCCAAGUCUGGGAGCUCGCCUUUCCCACUUGAAUUUAAAUAAUCAGAAGACUCAGGUGUGUUCACAUUUCCGGUAAUUUCCACAAGCCCUUCUAUGACGUGAAGAUGCGGUUAUUCCAGUGAGGAACCCCAGGUUUUCUUCAGUGGGCACAGUCGCCGGAAGGCGUAAAAGGGCUGGAAAUGCCACAUUACUUCUGUGAGGUUGCCUCAAGGUCUCACAGGAGCAACUUGCGUGUCCUUGAGAUUUUAUACCGCCGACACGGGUAAAAAGACCUGCCUGCGCUCAGACCCACGAGGGCUUCAGAUCCUUAGUUAACUGGCCGCCAGCACCGUGUGUACCCGUUUUGCAUUUUGAAGACUGACCCCCGACGGAUGACUUUCAAGUCGUUAUUUUAGAGAAUAUUUCCUUGGCAGCAGACAACACGGUUUCAGUCCCUGCUCCUCUCAGUUGUAGGCAGCUCCUGGUGCAGGGUCCAGGCUGGGGCCCUCGGCUGACCUAGCUGUGAAAGGAGUGUUUUGAUGACACUUGGACGUGACUUGCUUGACUGGGGCAGCUAGUUUUGUGAUGAUGGAAGGAUAUGCGUUCAGUCAGGCGUGCCUAGCUCCUGGCUUUGGGGUGAACAGUCCUGGCGCUGCUCCUGUCCUUGUCCAUGUGGUGCUGUCGUUUCCCAGUGCUCUGUUAGUAUCACCCUCUCACCUCAUGCCCGUCCACAGCGGCUCCUCCUUCAUACAGAGUGUUGGCCCAGUGUCGCUCCAUUCCCUGCAGCUUCUUCCAGACCAGCUGGUCUUGCUUCUGGAGCAUCUCUUAGAGGAGAAGACCCUGAGGCCCCGAACGCUCCAAAGCCUCCAGAGGACGUACUGCCUCCAUGAGCAGGAUGCAGAGGUCCGUCAUCGGUGGUGUGAGCUCAUUAUCAAACACAAGUUCACAGAAGCGUAUGAGCAGGUGGAGAGGUUCCUCCAGGAGGACCAGGCCAUGGGCGUGUACCUCUACGGGGAGCUGAUGGUGAGCGAGGAUGCCAGGCAGCAGCAGCUUGCCCGCAGAUGCUUCGAGCUGGCCAAGGAGCAGAUGGACAGGUUCUCAGCCCAGGUGGUGGCCGAAAUGCUGUUUUAAACAGGAAGGAUCCCGGUGAGAUUGUCUCACGUCCCCUCCUAAUCCUGGACGCCAGAGGAGCGUGACGCUCGGCCACCAGCCGCAGGGGUGUGGGCUUCUCUUCCCAGAGGCCAGGCUCGGCGGGCAGUGUAAGAGGAGGUGGAUCCCUCAUGGACCCCGCUUCCCGUCCACCCAGCGGCCGCCCGGCUGCCCUUGUCUGCGCCCUGGAGACGCUGAGUCCACACUGGGGUUGUGCUGUGACUCCAAAGUGUCCAUCCGAACGAAGGAACGGCCAAGACCCAAAAGCCUGAGCUGUGUAGUUGCUCCUAACAGCUGCUGAGGGCAUUUCUGCCUUCGGAGUCCCGUGCUUCCGCGUCGUCUCCAGGUGAUUUCCAAAAGGCUCCACAGAGCUCUCCAGGCCGAAAUGUCCAGCAUUCAGGUUCUUCCAAAAUUUGAAUGCCUUUUGGUGAAAGUGCAGAUAAUAAAAAAAAAACGGAUGUUAUCUGAGAUAAUAAAAACGUAAUCAAAUUGAAUUUUUGUAUUCCUGUUUGCUUCUGAGUUUGAUACUGUUCAAAAACAAGCAAAAUAUGUAAGAUAAAGACACCGUUCAGCUCUGGCCUUCCGGGCCGCGUGCUUUCUGGUAGUUUCAGGGUAAGGUGGCAGAGAUUCUGCGUGGGGGUGGGGACACCUUCAGCCACCACCGGGAUCUCUGGUGCACCAUUUUUCUUUUUCACAAAUGUUAAGUUUAAGAGACAAGACGCACUAACCGAGCCUGCAGCUGCUGCCCACAGGGAAGGGGGACAGGAGACUGCUCCGUGCUUCUGGGACCAGGCAGCCUCCUCUCAGAACAGACCUCAGCACCAAGUGUCUGCCGGUGGCGGGGAGAGACCUGGGUCUCCAGACCUCUGUACUGCAUUGUCCCCUGCCUGCCACCAGCAAGGUUGCUCGGCGUUCACUGCUUCCUGUUAGGUGUCCCUUACAUCUGAUUGUGUCUGCUUUGUGUGCCAUGUUGGUAGAAGAAACAAAACUUAACUUUCCAAACGUUUUGCUCGGAACAUCAGAAUUAGUGAUGAGUAAGCGACGGGCGGAGUGGCUCACACCGUAGUAGCUCCCACCCAGCAAGCGUGAGGCCCUGGGUUCAAACCCCAGAACCGAGAGAAAAAUGAGUCCCUAGAACUUUGCUCCCAGGUUCUGUGCAUCGGCUUUCUUUGAGGCGGGCAGCGCCCGCGCCCAGGAGCGCAGUCCUGCAAGGCUUCCCUGGGCGAGACAGUUGACACCUUCCGCUCCCAAGCUGUGGGUGACUGGCCUGGUCUGGUCUCGUCUUACCAAAGUGAGGAGGCCACCCUUGAACUUGGCACACCCACCUCCUGACUGCCCGCCUGCGCGCUUCUGUCCUCACCUCAGCUCUCCCGGAGAGCCCCGGGCGGCCCUCUUUCCCCGUGGACGUGACCCACGGGCCCCGCCGCCAUGCCGCCCUGACCCCAGGCUGUACAAGAAAUAAACUGAGAGGAGCGAACGCUGAGCGAGGAGACCGUGCCCGCACUGGGCGGAGGUCCAGGGCAGGACCCUCUCCUGGCAUAGGCGGAACCUUCUGUCCCCAGGCGCUGUACGCUCUGUGAGGGUGACGGUGACCCCCACGCAGUAGAUGGGGUGUUACGGUGCUGGGCGGAAGAACGGUUGAGUACCUCCUGAGGCCCCCACAAGCCAGGGCCAGGCUGGCGGGGCUCUGAGGGGGCUGUGGGCAGAUGCCAUCAGUGUGGCAGUGCCAUCUGUCUUGAGCAGCCAUGACGCACAGGACCCUCAAUGGCUUAAGUCAGCUGGGUUUGACAGGUGGGUGAGAAAACGCAGGUAUGUCCUUUGAGCAAGCUAACUGGCGACUCAGCCACAGCUGCCCUUCUCCCCCAGCCCUUCCCUCCCCUGGCCAAGCCGCCCGGCCUUCAGGAGCUACCUCCUAGCAAGGUCAUCCUUGUGUGUGUACAGUUUGCCCCCACGCGGGAGCCACAGUUAGCCACGUGCCCGAUGCUAGACCUGCCCUUUAAAAUGAAGGCUCAUUUUACGCGUGUUCCGGACACGUUGCAGGGGCCUCCUGGAUCUGCUCACAGACGCCGGGAGAGACCGCUGCUCCUCUCGGGCGUGGCCUCCACCACAGGCGGCCUGGCCGAGGGCAGCUGUAGCCCACUGGCCACGGAUUGCCAGUGCCGGCGAUGAGGUCAGGCCAGCCGGAGGGGCGGCCCCGUGGACGGGUGGUCAGUGUGCUGGAAGGCGGGCAGGCGUUGCCCUGUGCCAGCCAGGCAGACCCACGUCAGGGAAGGAGCACAGCCUGUCCUAGGCGCCCCUCACAGAACCUGGGUGCUCAGGUCUGUGGCCCACUCACGGGUGGCAGGGCCAACACCCCUGUUCCUGAGGAGGUGAUGCGUCCCCUGGCACCGCCCCACAUGGGGACAUUUGACCGCAACAGCGUUGUGGUUAGUCCCUUGGGACACCCCCUCUGGGGGUGGGGCUCUCAAGGCUGCAGAAGGACAAGCCACACACCAGGGACUACGCGGGCACCAAGAUGGCGCCCUAAACCGAUCGCUCCUGACGCACCUCUGUCCCAGAAGGCUGGCAGGGCUGCCUGGACCCCCCGGGCCCUUCCCGAAGAGCAGGACGGGGGAGGCGGGAGUGGGGGCAGGUUAACGCAUCACGCUUGGCCACCGUCACAUGCAGACAAUGACCUCCGCCCUCCCUGACUGAGCUGCAGAGGUUUACAAGGUGGAGCAGGGGGGAGGCCAGUUUCGGCUAUUCAAGGCCAAGGUUUUAUGGAUUUUUUCCCACCCUUUGGUCUGUCUGGGAGACGGGCUGAAGUAAGGCAUUCCUGUUCCAGUCCUGUGACCAGACGUGUGAGAAAGGCAGGAGGCCAGCAGCUGGGCCAGGGGCGGAAGGAGGCCACCAUAAAGAAGUGCAGAUGUUCCCAGGACUAGCGGGGCUGUCCCAGGCUCCUGCAAGACGACAUGCAGGCGUCCUGCAGAGGCCACAAUGGCCAAAGGAGCCCACUCUUGGGACGGGGGCACGCCCUGUCACCAGGGCCACGGCCCCUAAGAGCUAGACACCACGAGCUGGUACAAGACCGAGUGUGGGAAUGCAGACGAAGGCUUCUGGCCCCAUUUCCAUCUGUCCAGACAGCUCACCAAAAGCAAGGCCUGUCACUGCAGUGUCAUUUCAGAGAGAAGUCCAGGGGCGAGUGCCCAGAAGACAAAGACCCCUCCACCCAGGGCCCGCUCAGCAGCUGGCUGCUCCGCCACCUCUCCUAGACGCAGGCAGGAGGGCGCACAGGGUCCCUGGGGAGACCGGCCACCCCACGUCGCCCCACACCUGG